AACAGUCACCAGCUCUUCGAUCAAUAUUUCCACACUCACGUCCAAGUCCCUCGCACUCCUAGGAACCCAGCCACCAGUCAUCAAAAUGCAGUUCUCUUUUGCCACCCUCGCCACCGUCUACGCCACUGUUGUCAGCGCCCUCCCCGCGGACGUGACACCCCGCCAAUCCACGAUAACUGAGUUUGCCAUUUGGAGCAACAGCGGCUGCCAGAACGGCGACCGAAUUGGCACCGUCAACAUCAACGACUCGGGCGAGUGCCAGAACUUCCAGACGGGAAUCGCGUCUGGAACUGUGGAUAUUGAUAUCCCAGCUGGGUGCCAGAUUCAAUUCUUCAUCGGCCAGGGCUGCAACUCUGCGCAGUCUCUCGUCGUUCCCCGUGACCAGGUUCCCCAUCGCUGCUUCGAAUUUGGGCCGCGCAAGAAUAUUGGCUCGGCUCGUGUAUCUGGCACUUGCUCCCCUUUUUAA